CCUCCUUCCUCGGAGUUAGGGCUCCGGAGCCAAGCGGCAAUGGAGCAAAGCGAGCCGGACCAGCAGCACCAUGGCCUGGGCGGCGCUCCUCCUGGUCCUUGCGGCGGGGCUUUUCCUUGAAGGCGGCACUUCUCCCCCUCCUCUGGCUCCUCUCCCCCCUCUUGCCCACUCGCUGCCCCUCCAGCACCAGCAGCCGGGCGGAGGCGGCUGCCCUCGGGGCGGCGGCGGGCGCUUCGUCAACGUGACCGAGUCCGGCGCCGAGUGCCUGCCUUGGGCGGAGGUGCCCACUUUCCUGGAGAAGACCCCGCAAGGGAAGGGGCUCCGCGGGCAGCGCAACUUCUGCCGCAAUCCGGACGGGCGCAGCAGGCCCUGGUGCUUCUAUCGCAACGGCCGAGGCAGGGUGGACUGGGGCUACUGCGACUGCCGGCAAGGCUCAGUGAGGCUUCGAGGUGGCAAAAAUGAGUUUGAAGGCACAAUUGAAAUUUAUCUUAAUGGAAUAUGGGGAACGAUCUGCAGUCAUCAUUGGGAUGAUACAGAUGCAUCAGUCAUAUGCCGGCAGCUUGAACUUGGAGAGAGAGGCACAGCAAAGCACACCCCAUUUGCUGGACUGGGCCUUAUCCCUGUUUACUGGAGUAACGUACAUUGCCAUGGUAAUGAAGAAAACAUCCUGCUAUGUGAAAAAAGUAUCUGGCAGGAUGGAACGUGUCCUCAAAAUAUGGCAGCUGCUGUCACAUGUAGCUUUUCCCAUGCCUCUGAUUUCAUGCCAGUCCGGCUAGUAGAUGGGAGCAGCACAUAUGAAGGAAGAGUUGAAGUGUACCAUUCUGGUCAGUGGGGAACCAUCUGUGAUGACCAAUGGGAUGACGCUGAUGCUGAGGUAGUCUGCAGGCAACUUGGCCUUGGGGGAGUUGCCAAGGCAUGGAGCCAGGCUUAUUUUGGAGAAGGCUCAGGUCCUGUGCUACUGGAUGAAGUGCGUUGUACGGGAAAUGAGCUGUCUAUAGAAGAGUGUCUGAAGAGUUCCUGGCGAGAACACAACUGUGGCCACAAAGAAGAUGCAGGGGUUUCCUGUACACCUCUAGCAGAUGGUGCAAUCAGACUCUCAGGCGGGAAAAGCAGCCAUGAAGGACGACUGGAAGUGUUUUACAAUGGACAGUGGGGCACAAUUUGCGAUGAUGGGUGGACUGAAUUGAACACACAAGUGGUUUGCCGGCAGCUGGGCUUUAAAAAUGGAAAAAGCAUAUUGGAACGCUAUCCAAGAGAGAAUACUGGACCCAUCUGGCUGGAUGAUGUGAGUUGCUCAGGAAAGGAACCUGCCCUCCUUCAGUGUUCCAAGAAGGAAUGGGGAAAACAUGACUGUAGCCACCAAGAGGAUAUCCGAAUAAGUUGCUAUCCAGAUAAUGAUAGCCACAGAAAUUUACUAGGGCCUCCUAUCAGACUGAUGGAUGGUGAAAAUAAGAAAGAGGGCCGAGUGGAGAUUUUUAUCAAUGGACAGUGGGGAACAAUUUGUGAUGAUGGAUGGUCUGAUAAGGAUGCAGCUGUGGUGUGUCGACAACUUGGCUACAAAGGUCCAGCACGAGCAAGGACUAUGGCAUAUUUUGGAGAAGGGAAAGGCCCCAUACAUGUGGACAAUGUGAAAUGUACUGGAAGUGAGAGAUCCUUAGCUGAUUGCAUUAAACAGGAUAUUGGGAGACACAAUUGCCGACACAGUGAAGAUGCUGGAGUCAUCUGUGACUAUCUUAGCAAGAAGGCACCUGGCAACAGUAAUAAAGAUUCUCUUGCUUCUGUGUGUGGUUUGAGAUUAUUGCAUCGUCGCCAGAAACGGAUCAUUGGAGGAAAAAAUUCUUUACGAGGGGGAUGGCCCUGGCAGGUUGCCCUGCGCCUGAAAUCAUCCCAUGGUGAUGGAAGAUUACUGUGCGGUGCCACUCUUAUCAGCAGUUGCUGGGUCCUCACUGCAGCACACUGUUUUAAAAGGUAUGGCAAUAACACUAAGAACUAUGUGAUACGUGUUGGGGACUACCACACAUUGGUACCUGAGGAGUAUGAGGAAGAAAUUGGAGUACAAGAGAUUGUGCAGCAUAAAGAAUAUAGACCUGAGAGCAGUGACUAUGAUAUUGCACUAGUACGUUUGGAAGGGCCUGAAGAGCAGUGUGCUCGGUUUAGCACUCACGUUUUACCAGCCUGCUUGCCUCUUAGACGUGAGAGGCCACAGAAAACUGCACCAAAUUGCUACAUCACUGGUUGGGGUGACACAGGAAGAGCUUACUCCAGAACAUUACAGCAAGCUGCUGUCCCCCUACUUCCUAAGAGAAUUUGUGAAGAACGCUACCAGACAAAGUUCACAGGAAGGAUGCUCUGUGCUGGAAAUCUCCAGGAGCAGAAACGUGUGGACAGCUGCCAGGGAGACAGUGGUGGACCACUGAUGUGUGAACGCUCGGGAGAAAGUUGGGCUGUGUACGGGGUGACCUCCUGGGGUUAUGGCUGUGGAGUCAAAGAUUCUCCAGGUGUCUACACCAAAGUAUCCUCUUUUGUACCCUGGAUAAGAAGCAUAACCAAACUAUGACCAUCUUGCACCUACUGUUUUUAACAGUAUUUUUCCUCUGUAUGUUAUUUCCAGAUACUAAGGUUACUCAUUUUUAAAGUUUUGAACUCUUGAACAAGUAACAGGAAAGGCUACCAUACCAAUGCCCCCCCCCCCCCCCCCCCGGAACAAGCAGCAAAUUAAAUAGCUGCACAAAUCAGUUCAAUGUGUCUGGAUAAUGAUAGCCAUAAAGAGGGUUUCACUAACCUUUUAACUGGUUUAUCCAAUGUUUUACCUAUGCAGACAAAUGAAACCCUAUUAAUUCUAUUGCACUGUUGAGAGAAAUUUUCAGAACAAUGUAUUCUGAAGUAUGGUAAUCAUUUAUCCUUUGAAUGUGAUAAUUCCUUCUUCAUAUUUGAUGUUCAUAAGGGCAACAGGUGUUCACUGUAUCUGUUUCAUAUAGUCUACCACACUCAACCUUUAAUAAUAAUAGUUUAAUUUCUCACCCAACUCUCCUCAUGGCUUGAGGUGGGUUACAGCAGUCAAAACACACAUCGCAAAAUUUCUGUAAACACACAUAUUAAAAUGUAGCUCUAUAAAGGAUACAUAUUAAAAAUGGAUUUCUAUAGGACACGAGUUUAAAUUUCAUGCUUAAAACUGGCUAUGUAGGUUUGCCAAAAGACAAGUCUUUUGAUAGGUUUCAAAUUUCAGCAGCUAAUCAAAUCAUUGACACUUAUCUGGGUAAUUUCCUUGAAACCAUAGAACAGGAAAAUACGUAUUAUUUAUGGAUUGUACUUAGGCAAUAUUGUGAUAGCUGUGUCAGAAGGAAGGCGAGGUUCUAGUUCUACAUCAUACUUUUCAAAGAUAAAUUAAAAUUUAAAUAGUCACUAGUAAUGAGGUCUACUUUCUACUGAAUAAAUUUGUUUCAUGAAGUUAGCCUGUGGAUGCAUGUAUGUGAUGCCGAUACUGUUCUUAGCAUUUCCUUAUAUAUAUGAAUUUUGGUUGUUGCAUUGGUUAUCCAAUACCUCAGAAUCACUUGAACUGUAUAAAAUUGCUUUUGAUGAGUUCCUUUUUGCAACAAUAAAUGUACUUGUGUUAUGCCCAAUUUUAGAAAUAUGAAAGUGACGCUACAUUUCCUGCCCCUUUAAGCUUGCUUAGAUCAGGUUUCAGAAGGUUUUACUUAAUGUCUAAUAGAAUAGCCACCCAGAUAAGGGGGCAGAGUUCUUCUUAAAGCUGGAAUUAUGAAAACUGUCUAUCCAAGUCAUACUGUAUUGGGGAAGAUAACAAUUUAAAUAAAUAAUGUAGUUGAGUAUCCUUUAACUGGAACACCAAAAUACCCAUACCUCAAAACUGACCACAUGGGUGCCAAGAUAUACCUCGCACAAAAACGUAACAAAUAUUAUGUAAAACAAUUGCAAUUAGGUUUUGUUUAAGCUAUAAUGAAGCAUGCAACACAUUUUGCGUUUAGAUGGGUUCUAUCUCCAAAAUAUAGAUCUAUAUGCAAGAAUUCAAAAAUCCAAAAACAUCCAAAAUAUGGGAGACUCCUGGUACCAUGCAUUUCAGAUAUGGGAUACUCAAUUUGCAUUUUAAAAGGUUUAUAAACUCAAAAUUCUGUUCCAGUUUCAACUGACUUCAUUUGAUGCAAGCCAUACUUUACGAUGAACGAGGAUGUACUAGCAUUCUGAAAAGUAUACCCAGGAACCUCAUCUUUCUGGUACAUGUCUUGUUAUGCUACUUCAUUUUUGUCAGCAAAGCCAUACAAUGUAAACUUGUCCAGUAAAAUGUUACUAACGGAA